UUUGGUGCAGCUGCUCAGAUGUAAACCUGCUGGCUGUGACUGGAGAUGUUUGUGAUCGCACUGAUUGUCAUCACAGGAGCCGUUUGUGCAUCAACAACAACACCAUCCCAUGAGUUCCACUUCAGCUAUGGAUGCUAUGAAACCGAUGAUGUGCGGGUGGAUUUGGUUGUUGAUGGAGAUAUGGCUGGAUAUGCUGAUUUCACCAAGAAAGAGAUAGUGUGGGCGAUGCCCCAGCUGCCUCAACUUGCAAAAGACUUUGCAAAACGGAUCUUUGAAAUAGCUGAAAGCAGCACCGUACGUUGUCACAGUGUUCUGGGUAAAGCAAAGAAAGCUGAUCCUGGUUCUCCUUUACGACAAGAAGCUCCAGAUAUCUCUAUCUACACCCGGUAUGAAGGUGAGGAUGGUGUGGUCAACACUCUCUUCUGCCUGGCCAAUGACUUCUAUCCACCCACCAUCAACUUCACGUGGACCAAGAAUGACGUGGAGGUCACAGAGGGAGUAUUAAACCUGCGUUACCGCCACAACAGUGAUGGGACAUUUCAUCGAAUCUCAACCCUGAGUCUCAUUCCUCGGGAGGGAGAUUUUUACUCAUGCAAAGUGCAACAUGAAGCCUCAGAACAACCUCUCAGCAUUACCUGGAAACUGAAGAAAAAGAUGAGCAGUUCGGCAGCAAAGUUCUUCACUUCGAGCCUUGUUUUGUCCCUGAUAGGGAUCAUGACCGGAGUCUUCUUUUUAAUCAAGAAGCCAAAUUAAUAACUUUCAUUUCAAAAACUCACAGAUGGAUCUCAUCUUUCUUUUAAAAUGCUGAAAAGAGUUUUGUUUGCAAGAUUUGGAUUUGGAUUCUUUAACCUGUCAUUCUCAUUGCUCGAAGCGGAUGCUUCCAUGUGUAGGAACAUUAAAGUAACCAAAACUAUUGUGCAAAAACUUAAGAUGUUGUUACUGUGUUCUUAAAUCGAGUGUCACAUUCAUAUUCAUAUUUAAAUGUAUAGUCUUACGAUCAACAUUAGUAAACUGAAUAGAAAUGCAGAGGAUAAACUGGUAGAUUAUGUGGUAAUUAUGAUGUUGUAUUUGAUUACAGUGUCUGUUUAAACACAAGCCAUUAUGUUGUUCUAACCUUUUCCGUGUAGUUUUACCUGUAAAUUGAAAAUGUCUUCCUCCCCAAAACAUCCCUACAUUACAUAAGUUCAGAAGUUUAUGUCAGAAUGUCCAUACAGUGAAGAAAGAUGUAACCUCUAGUGGUCAUUGUGAGCAACUACAUGUGAUGGAAAAUGGCAUCCAUGACAGCGACAGUUACAUUGAAGAAAUACUGUAAUGUGGUUUGGGCCUAAUUAUGAUCUAUUCCUAACUCUAUAAAAGUUUUGUUGCAGCCUGAACCCAACGAGGAAAUGAGAAAACUUUGUCAUAAUAUGUUGUGUUUACGCGUAACAAUAGAAAUUUGUAAAACUGCACUUUUAUGUCCACUAAUAAAACAUAAAUCAGUGUUAAGUUUUUGUGCUGUAGCUCCAGGUUUUGCUAUGAGAUGGGUUUGGACAUUUUUUGAGGUUUUAAUUUGCCUGAAUGUUGUGUCAUUUAUAUUGCUUUAUUGUUGAAAUGGG